UCAGCGCGCUCCCGCCGCACGCAGGGCUCGGGUGGCGGCGGCGGCUCCCGACGCGCUCCCGCUCCGCCCCCUGCGCUGCCCGACGGGAGGUGCGAUGGCUUCCCGCAAGAGCUCCAGAGCCACCGGCGGCAGCCCCAGCCCCGGCUCCAAGAGAGAGACUAAGCAUGGAGGAAGCAAGAAUGGAAAGAAAGAAGGCCUCUCUGGAAGCUCAUUUUUCACCUGGUUUAUGGUAAUUGCUUUGCUGGGAGUUUGGACAUCAGUAGCAGUUGUCUGGUUUGAACUUGUAGAUUAUGAAGAAGUUCUAGCCAAAGCAAAGGAUUUCCGUUAUAACUUGUCAGAGGUCCUACAAGGCAAACUUGGGAUAUAUGAUGCUGAUGGAGAUGGAGAUUUUGAUGUGGAAGAUGCUAAAGUAUUGCUAGGCCUGACCAAAGAUGGCAGUAAUGAAAAUAUUGAUUCCCUUGAGGAAGUCCUUAAUAUUUUAGCAGAGGAAAGCUCUGAUUGGUUUUAUGGCUUUCUCUCAUUUCUCUAUGAUGUAUUGACUCCUUUUGAAAUACUAGAAGAAGAAGAGAGCGAAGCUGCAGAUGAUGUUGAUGGUACGUCACAGAAUGAAGGGGUUCAGGGAAAAAAGACUUGUGUUAUUUUGGAUUUACAGAACCAGUGACUGAAAGACUAAUUUGAUUGGCUUUCAAAAAUGUCCAUGAAAUCAUCAGUCUUAUUAUAGCAAGAAUUCAUGGCAUUGAGGGAAACUUCCCAAAUGGACACACUAAAGUUUGAACUAAAGUUAGCCAUGCAAUGCUGUUUCAGUAGUUGAAAGCCUUUCAAGAAUUUUUCCAUUUUUGUGACAGGAUGACAAGUCUUACACAAGUGUGUAAAUAUGUAGAAUAAAACAUGUAUCUGUGGUUGUGUAGUUUCUGUAUGUGCUUCAGUUUGUGCAUUUUGUGCACACAACUUACAAAGCUUAAGUGUAAUAAUCUCUACUGUUAACACUAUAACAUUUGUCUUUCCAGCAAGCAUUAACUGAAGUAUUUUAUAACAGCCUUGAUUAUAAAGUAUUCUAGCAUGACUGCAUUUUGUAAAUACUUGUUUUUAUGUUAAUCCUUAAUAUAGACACAACAAUGAUAAUUCUCUUGUGAAAUAUGAUUUUAUUAAUUAACUUAUUUUGUGAUUCACUGAUUUCUCAGAUAGGUUCUUUUUCUUGUUCAAAGAAAAGCACUGCAUUUAUAAGCACUUGAAAAUGCUACAGAAACAUUUAUUUCUAAGGUAGCUAGCAUCUUGUAUUCAGAAACUACUCUGUCAUAUGGUUUAUUCCCACUGCUUUGUCUGUUUUCAAACUAAAUCUUCAGUAAUUUCUUUAAUAUGACAAUCACAUCACAAGGGCUGUUCCAAAUUCCUUUUCGUUUUUAAGGUGGGCCUUCUGUGGAAGUGGGAAGCUGUGAUUAUGUAUUUCUAAUGUAAUACUGAAUAUAUUAAAGACUAAUUGGAAAUUAGAUUUUAAUGUCUUCUAUUCCUUGAGCAGUUGAAGUAUUUAAUGUAGUUUUGCAAAUUUCAAUCUUUUUCUUGUGAAACUGCUUUAUGACAGUCAUUCCAAAGAUACUUUUCAUGUAUGUGAAUUCUGUCUUCUGUCAUGAAGUUAUUGGAAUAGAAAGGGCAGUUUAUAAUUGUGUCUUUAAGUUUGUGUCAGGUAUCAAUCAAAAGCUGAAACUGAGCUGUCCUCUUAAAAUGUGAAUAAUGUACUCAAAUUAUUGUUAAAAUUGUAUCAAAUUGUUUUUUGUAAUGCCUGCUUUGCCUAAGUUUGUAUUGGUUUCCUAUAUGAAGUUGAUUGCCAAGUUUAAACACUAGUAGUUGCAGGCUGAAAUUUUAACUUCUUUUUAAACUGAAUAAGAUUUCACUUACUUUGGCAUGCCAUUUUAAUUUAACAUGCCUGUUGGAAUAAACUUCCUCUAGAUCAUAUUUUAAAGUAAUAAAAAUGUGCUAGUGUUAAGCAAGUGAAAUGUUGUGAUGGGCUAAGGUCAAGGUGAUGGGCUGCUCAAGGUUUGUGAAUUAAAUAGAGCCAUGAGAGCAUUGGUCACAUUUUCUUCCAAAUAUUUGGGGAUUAUGAUAUAAGUAAGCUAACAGUUUAUAAAUUUAAUUGUUUUUAAACCAUUCAAUUAAAUUCACUGCAAGAAACUUGCAGUGUCUCAGAUGUAGGAAAUAAGUAAGGUUAGGUUAUUUUGUUUUUAGAAGUUUUUAAAUCUUAAUUUUAGAAGCAGAUUUGAAUUAGAAAUAAGAGUUUCAUCACUGUUUUGGGAUAAUAAUACCUCUCAGUGUGAAAUAAAAAUUAUCAUGGAAUAUUGAAUUCUGUUGUAGAUGCUUCAGUAAUGGAGCUAGAUAGCCAAAAAGAGAAGGGCAACAGCUGUUGUAAGAAAUAUAUAUAACUUCUAUAUAUUGAAGUUUAUACAAAAUAGUUAAAGAAUGAAUUGAUGAACUGGGAAUUUUUCAAGUGAAAUUGAGGUGGAUUGUUUGAAUCACAAGAAAUCUACAGGCAUUGAGAUAGGUGAUCAACAAACAGUGAAUUAGUUUAACAUGGGCUGCAGAUAAGAAAUGCAGCCAACAGAGUUCUGAUUCUAUAUCCUGCAACCUCCUUGUUGGUUUUAUUAAGUGUGUAGGCAUCAGCUUGAAAACAAUUGUAGUGGGAAUGAAUAGUUUGUAAGGGGAGAAGGGGUGAGAGGUGGGUGCAAAGACCCAGUGAAGUACCUUUGUAGGGUACUUAAUUUCUGGAAAAUAGUCUUCUCUCAGGACUGUUCAUUUCCCUGGAGUUGUUCCUGUUAACAAUUGAGCCCUUACCCUUGCUGAGUGGAGCUCUCAAAACUCUCCAAAAGUUUGGAAUAGGAGUUUGGUUUUCAUGUAUUCUGUUAAUGGCUGUGAUUACAAGCAAAGCUUGGCUAAGUAAGGAAGGUAAUAAGAUUUAAUUGAAUCUUCAGUUAUAUCAGCAUGGCAGCUUUUUUUUUGUUUGCUCAUUUGUUUUAAAAAAGGCAUUUAACAGGAAAAAACCAUUAAGCUGAGUAUGAUGUACGAAUAAGCAAAGAAAACUGAAUAGUAUCCCAAUUUGCUUGUGAGUCUGCACAAAUUGUUUCAAAUUAGUUGAGGAACUUGAAAACUAAAUUUUUAGUUUGAUUGUGACUAUAAAAAUGCAGUCAUUAAUUUUUUUUAAAGUAUUUUUAAAGUAUGGGCUGAAAACUGUGACGUAUUGCCUUCUAUUAUUUUAGAAAGCAAGGGUGUUGCUUUCUCCUGUGGUUUCUGGUCUGAGAAUUUAAAAUAGAAGAAAAUUAGUAGCAAACAAUAUUUUCUAUGUGGAAAAUAUAUUGCUUAAGAGAUAAGAACUUGCUGGGUUUUAUGCCUAGCAAGGAAUGAAACUACUGAUUUAAUAUUAAAUUUGACAUGCAGUUUCAUUAGAUAUCCUCAUAUUCCUUACAGUUAAUUUAUAUUAAAUUUUCGGAUCUCCAGAAAUAAAUGUCUGUGACUAAAAUUGUAGUCUUCCAGUUUGUCCAGCACUUUUGGAAAUGUGUGGGAUGUUCUACUUUGUCAUUUGUUAGUAAAUGUUUGAUAUUUUAAUUGCCGGUCUUCAAGCAAAACACUGCAUUAACCUUCAUAGCAAAGCUUUUGCUUGCUUUCUUGUGAUACUAAUGAAAAUAAAUUCAUAGGGGGAAAAACCCUUAAUACCCAUACAUCUGAAAUGGCUGAAAACUUUUGGAAGCUUUGAACCCCAGAUUUCUGUGACCACCUUCAGCAGUAUUUAAUUUGAAAGUAGAAGAGUGUUAUAAGGCAGAGAGAAAUCACAUUGCUCAUAAUGUAUAGAAUAGCUUUGAAUUGGAGAGAAUAAAGAGUACAUUGUUUGCAUAUCUGUUAAAAUUCAUAUUACAAAAUUUUUUGCCAGUAUUUUUCCCUGACCACUUUAAGAAAAUUCAUUAUUAGCCUCAAUUGUCUGUUUGUAGAAGUCAGAUUUUCAUAACAGUUAUUGGUAUAGGUUUCAUUUAGAUAGCAGCAUAGAAGUGUAUGUUGAAGCAUUAGAAAGAUUUUAAUUUCAUUUCAUGGUUGGUUGGGAGAGGUAAAAACCACCUGUAUUGUAAAUGUAAUUUGAGAGGUGGGGAAAGCUGUUGUGUACAGAUCAGUCAUUUUGGAGAGUUGUGUUACUGUAUUCCCUGUUUGGUUUCCAUCAGAUAAGCAGCUGUCAUAAUGAUGUCACACUGGCACGAAAUACAUUAACUAUUGUCUUUCUCAUGGUCAGUUAGGAUGUGUGUCUCAAGAUGAGGCCAGUAAAGGCAAGAUUUGCUUGUUGGUUUCUUACAUCUGCUUGUAUGGGAUGCAACAUUAACAUCUGUGAGUUCAGGAAACAAAAAUGCUUUCUACCACAUGUAUCUGAUCUGGAUAUUUAUUCUGACAUUAGGCAGCUAAAUAAGCAACAGGCAUUAAAGCAACAUAUGGAGAAUAUAAUGAAGUUUGGUGUUUGGUUGUUUGGGGGGUUUAUGUGUUAGUUGUAUGAAUUAAAACUCUUGCACUUGGAGACAUAUGGGAUUUGGUAAGACAAGUGCUCUGAGCUCAGUUUAAGGUAAGUGGUUGUUAGCUUUCUGUCAGUAAACUAAUUUUGUUUAGCAGAUGAUCUUGUGUAUCUAAUAUAGCAUAUUACAAAUGCACAAUCAUAGUAAUGAUUAUGUGCAGGGGGAUAUACAAACAAGCAUAAUUUUUUCUGGCUUGCAGUUCUUCUGGAAAAGGAAAAUAAAGAGAAAAAAUGUUAAUAAUAAUUUUGGCUUACAGAUUUGUAUUUCCUCUUUUGGUACUGCACUUUUAACGUCUUUUGCUAAUUUUCUGUGUGGUUAAGGAGGUUCUUGAUGAAGCAUCUUUAAUUAAGGCAAGAGUCUGAACAUCAGCGCUAGUGUUUUAAAACUUGAUACUUUAUAUUCUGUUAUCCAAGCUUUGCACAAAUUGCAGAAGGGUAGCAAGUGCUAUCUGUCAGCUGCUUAGUGCCAACCUGGCCCAUGUGCUUUCUGCAGUAAUUGCAAAGUAGCCUCUCCCCUUUUCGCAUCUAAGUGGAUAAACCACCUUAAUUAGCUCACAUUUGUUUUGUGGUGCUGCAGCUUAAAAGUGUUUAUGCAGGUAGAGGUUGUGGAGAAAUUGACUUCCAGGAAUUUUUUCACAUAGCAAAGCCUUUCAUCUAGCAAGGCUAUUAAAGUUUUCAGGGUUAUUAAAUGAAUAAAAUAGUAUUUGCACUUGACAGGUUGUUCAAUAUAGUGUUUAAUAUGAGAAAGUAAGUUUGUCAGCAUCUGGGAAACUGCUCAAAAAUGGAGAGCUUUUUGCCUAUUAUUUUUCUUUUGCAAUGCUUAUCUUUCUAAAUAAAAAUAGUAUUUAUAUAUUUUUCUUCUGAUGCUUAAGUUCUAAAUCUGUGCUCUCACUUGGGAGCUGUUUGUGGGGAAUGUUCUUGAAGGUUUUUAUGGGGAAAAAUAGAGGAAGUGACUGGACUUCGUUGCAAAAUAAAAAUGUUUUGUAAUAUUCCUGAGCUUCAAAGGAUCAGUUAAGAUGGCAAGUUGACCACCUUUAAGCUCUAUAUGAAAAUAACCACUUUGAGAGGAGUAUUUAAUUUAUAGAAUGACUAUUUAAAGCGGUUAUUUAAAAAAUAUUGUAAACCUAUCUGCCUGAGUUAACUUUGUACUCAGCCUUUUAAUUAUAGUAGCCAUUUCUGACAUUUGAUGAUAUCAAUUGUAUAUUUUCUUCUUGAAUUGCCAACAUUGCAUAUUUAUAAUGUGGGAUUGAAUGGGGAAAAAAAAGGAAUUUUAAAAUUAGCUCAUAACGAGUGUGAAGCUACUUGAAUUGGACUUUAGAGUCCACAAGUUCAACUUCUUGACUUAUAGAAUUCUAGACACUUGUUUGUGUACCCCCCGUGCUGUAAUAACCUCAGUCUUUGCCAUGAAUUCCCUUAGGUGCCAGAUAUGCCCUGGACAUUGCUAUCUUGGAAAACAAGGUGGUUUGCACCCAUCUUGCUUCAGCAUAAUUGGGGCUGACAAGUAAGGCUUCCCUGUGCUGUAGGGAUUUCCCCUUGUAGGGAUCAUGUCCAGGUGGAAAUCAAGAUGCAGCAGGAUUCUGGUCUUGUGAUUCAUGCAUAAUACUAAUGUUUUAAAAUAUAUUAUUUACAUACUUCUCUUGUGAACAGAUCUAUGAAUAAUAUGUUAAAGUUUACAUGAUUUAUGUAAUUAUGUCUUGAAUUGAUAAUUUGCUGGAAACUGUAGUGCUAUUCAUUGCAUGAAAGCAGAUUGAAAUAAAAUUACUGCUUGUCUGAAUAUUUAACAAGUAAAAUAACAGUAAUCAGUGAACAAGGUAUUUUGCAAUCUUUCAACAUAGUGCCUAUAUGUUUAUUUAAAAAUAAUUUGAAAUAUCUGUAUGAUAGCUUUUGUGUCUACUGAUACUUGUAAAAUAUUAGUUUUCCUUGUCAACACAUGCUUUUAAGAGUAUCUUGAAAUAUACAGUAAUGUUUAUUUUUAAUAUGAAAAGAGGAAAGGAGCUGGAAGUUUAAAUGGCUUUGUGCAACUUUUCUGUGUACUUUUUAUUGUUUGUUAUUUUCACUGAUGAUGUAAAUGAAAGUUGGAGUCUUUUAUAUGAUAAAAAUGUUCACUUAUUCUUCCAUGCACUUCUUAGAAAUAGUAAGACUGAAUAAUGAUUUUAAUCAAGUUAGAGCUCUGGACUUCAACAAUGGUGGUAAUCUAUGAGGGAAGAGCUUGAAAAAAUCAUAUCCCAGGUAUGAAUUUGUAAGGAAAUUAAUCUGAAGCCUGUAUUUUUACUUGACUAAGCUUUUUAAAAACAAUUUUGGCCAUAGUAUCAACACUUGAUAUUUUGAAAACACAUAGGUUUUCAAAAUAGAAGUUAGAUGCAAGGUCGCUACAAUGACUUUAAUGGCUACAUUCUUUAAAUUUAUGAUUUCAUUUUUUUAGUAUAGGCUAUCAGAGUAUUG